AUGAUGAAUACUCCUAUUGUUGAAAUUAUAAAGCAAGGUGCAGUGGCUGUUGAGGAGAUUAGAGUCACACCUUCAAAGAACUCUGCGAAUAAAACUAGAUUUUUACCGACUUUUCAUACCCCACCACCAGCCGGUGGUCACUUGAUGCAUCCGUUGCAUUUGGCGGCACAUCAAUACCACCAACAAGCAAUGAUAAAGCAAGUACAUGUCGUCGUAAAGAACACACCUUUCGGUAUAACCAUUAAAUCAAACGAUCCAACAAGAGUAAACUUUCACAACUAUGUUGUGAAAUCAACGUUGCUCUACGACUGCGAUCCACCAAAGCCAGUGGAUUUCAUUCACCAGGAACCGCUACAGUAUGUCGCCACUGUCAAUGAAGAGGGUGACGAAGUAGUCGUCGACAUUAAAAUGAGUAUCCUAUCGAGUCAGCACCAAGGAUCACUCUUCAUUGUAGUACUCCACAUCACCCAUUCCACCGCGCCAACUCCAUCGAACAGCGAGCCAAUCAGCACCAUCAUGGCGCAUCUCAAUAACAAUGCAUUGACCAGCACUUCACUCCACCAGAUGUGUGUAAUUUCCCAUCCAAUUCGUAUAGUUUCCAAAGUUGAUCAUGUCAAAAAAGAAGGUGUUCCAAUCCUCAAGAAAAAGACAUUCCACGAGAUUCUCACUGACAAACUAAAAAAGUUACAAAAGUCGCAGGAAGGCCAAUCGAAAUGGAUAAAGAAUCUCUAUGAACAACAUUCUAUUCAAUUCGACUAUCAACCAUAUAUCAAGAAGGAUUUAGACGACUGUAAUAACUCAAACAACUCCACGCCAAGCUUUAGUGCCAGUCACUCUAGUCAUGGCGACAUCGAUGACAACAACGAGAGUGACGACGAUUCACCAUCGACAAACUACAGAGACGACGACAACGAUGAAUUGAGCUGUCUCCAACAACAACAACAACAACAACAACAUCUUCAUCAUCACAACCAACUGGCGAAUCAACAUGUCAGCAACACCACCGCUGCAGUCAACGGCGAAAUGUAUUUCCAAAACUCAUUCAAUCGUGUCGUCGAGGUCUACAAAAUGGUUCCACUGGAAGACAAGAAAGAUGCCAUCAAGAAAAUGGUGGAACUACUGAGAAGCGAGGAUUUGGAACAGCUGGUAAAGAUAUUCAUCGAGGAGCUGCAUGGAAUGGGUAAUCUUACGGGUACCGGAAAUUCGCCACUGAAAGGAAGCAGUGGAUCGCCACAGUCCUACUCGAUGAUGGGAUUGGGUGCCAACGACUAUUUGGUGAAUAAUAUCGGCCAUUUAGCAGAUGGUCAGCAGCACCACUUACACGGCUAUCCAGACGAGGCGAUGUCCGAGUGUCACUGUCCUGACUGUCCGUCCAAGAAAGAACUGGAGCGUUUUCAAGGUCUAUUCUUGACGCCACAGCAAAUGGGUCUGGCUAUUUUCGAUCCCAGUGCUACAUCUCUAUUGAUGCCAAUCACAUCACCAACACUGACCAAUCACAAUACCACCAACACAAACACUGUAACAACAACAACAUCAUCAUCGGCAAUCACACCAACAAACAAUGUAAUAUCACAACAACAAACAACAACAACUACAUCAUCUACAUCAGAUUGA